AUUUGUGGGAGUUAUCCGCAAUUCUUGGGGAGUUAUCAACCAUUAUAUACCAUUUUGUUUUAUUUUGUUUUGUUUUUAUUUUCCUUUUCUUCAAAAUUACAUGUUCUUUUUACCUAAAAAGUAUGUUCUUUUAAUUUAAAUUAUAUGUUCUUUUUACCUGAAAAGUAUGUUCUUUCAAUUUAAAUUAUAUGUUCUUUUUGCCUAAAAAGUAUGUUCUUUAAAUUAUAUGUAAUUUUUUUUUUCCAGAAGGAGUUAAUCCAGUACUUCGUAAAUUUAGUAUGAAUAAUAAGUCAAACUAAAAUAGAAUAUAUCAAUGUUUGCAAAAAUGAAAACUAAUAAAUAAUGGUAGUUUAUUUUUUUGUUUAAAAAAAAAUAAAGUUUACAGGUUCAUUCCACAAAUCUUGCUUGGGUAGUUAUCAGUGCAAAUUAACCAUUUUCUUUUUUUAUUUUUCUUUCUCCUUUUCUUAUAAAUUUCACGCCAUCUAGCGCAAUUCUUGAGGAAUUUUUAUCAUUUUGUUUCUUUGAUAUAGCACAGCCCAAAAAAAACAAAAAAAAACACUAACAAACACACGCGUGAAAAGAGAGAACUUCAAACGAAGGAUUCAGGAGACGAAGACAAGCCACGCAGCGACGAAGGAGUGAGGAGACGCCGAGCCGCCAUGAAGCCACGCCGCGACGCCCACCACCCACCGCCAGUCUCCAUCGAAGACCCCAGUCAGUCAGUCAGUCAUACGCAAGAAGAUAUAACACCAAAAAUGCAACUCGACAACAACAAUAGCAGCAGGGACAACAAAACAUUUCGUUGCCUUUUCUACUCUCUUUUGAUAUUCUUUUUCCUUUAUGGGUUAAUGUUUGUCAUCAUCUUUACAUUCAAUGAUAAUUCUGUUCUAGAGUUUGAGGUUGAUUCUCUUUCCAUGAAAGUAUACAAUAGCAGUGAGAAAAGUGUAACAGUUGAUUUGGACUUUACUGUCACCUUCAAGAACAAGGAUGAACGUUUAUUGUAUUUUGACCGAAUGCAAGUGUCAUUAGAGUAUCACCAAGAUGAUGAGAUUAUUUCGUCGACAUCACUUGAUGCUUUUCUGCUGUAUGAGAAACAACGCCAGCUUCAAUUUGGAAUGCAGAUCAAGGAUGAUAAUGCACACUACCUUCGAAACGUGGAUUCGAUCUAUCGGGAUAAUGUUGUACGGUUUGGUUUAAAAGCUCAGGGUCCCUUCGUACGUUUGCGUUUGAAUUAUAGAUAUUUCAACAAGUGCGAUAUCAAGCUCGUGUGUGAUGAUAUCAUAGUUGGGUUUUCGCCUGAAAAAAAUUCGACCACCGGGAGUUUGAUUGUCAGUCCACUUCCUUGCAAAUGCGAAUCUGAAUGUAAAUCUGAAAAUUAUUAUAGCUAACUUUCGUUCUUGUUUGCUUUUUCAAGUUCUUGGCAAUGUUUGUAGUGGUCUGACUAAUCUCUAUUUUACUUUGGAUAAUCUUGGACUACAGAGUGUUUUGGGUAUUCUUUGUGGCUUUCUACAUAUUUUAAUAUCUUCCAACAUGCUAUGCAGUUGUAGUUUCAGGUUC